UACGCACACAUCGAACACUACUUUGAGACCGUCGCGCAGUUCACAUCCAUGUCGUGAUUUUUGUUAUUUUCGUUGUUUUCGUCCGAGAAACUUGCAAUUACCCUUUGCCGGCGCUGUGCGAUAAGCUGGAUGUAAUUAAAUAGAGCACAGGAAAUGCCCAGAGUUCCGAAAAACAAAAUAGGAUCAUAGUUUUACCCCCUAGGCGUGUGUGUGUGAUUUUGCGUGAGCCUGUGUUGGGACCGAAUAACUGGACUUUCCGAAUUUGCGCAGUUCCAGCGAAAGCUAACGGGCCUUCCAGUUCGAGUCACUGAAUUGCGGAGCUUCGAAAUUACGGGUUACGGAAUAGCAAUGGCCCGCGACACCCAAGGAACCCAGGGUACCCAGAGCCAGGCCUCCAACAUCUGGACCCAAGUGGAGAGCCAGCCCAUGGAGAAGAUCGUCUGGGGCCGUUUGUACGGCAAGAACAUCAAGAUCAAAUCGCUGGAUCUCAACAAUGACGAGUUCAGCGCAGGACGAGGGGAGGCCAACGAUUUGAUCCUCACGCUCAACGAUUUGCCCGAGAAGAUCCUGACGCGCAUUUCCAAAGUGCAUUUUACCAUCAAGCGGGCCAAUUGCGAGCUCUCCAAUCCAGUUUACAUACACGAUCUCUCGCGCAACGGGACGUUUGUCAAUAAUGAAAAAAUUGGAACAAACAGGAAGCGAAUCUUGAAGAACGACGACGUAAUUUCCCUGUCCCACCCCACUUAUAAAGCCUUUGUAUUCAAGGAUCUCAGCCCGAAUGAGUCUCUCGGCCUGCCCGAGGAGAUUAACAAAACGUAUUAUGUAAAUCGCAAGCUGGGCUCGGGGGCGUAUGGAUUGGUGCGUCUGGUCUAUGACACCCGCACCUGCCAGCAGUAUGCGAUGAAAAUCGUGAAGAAGAACAUGCUGUCUGGCAGUGCGCGACCCAGCACAAAUUUCAGCGAUCCCGACAGGGUGCUAAACGAGGCCAAGAUUAUGAAGAACCUUACCCACCCGUGCGUGGUUCGAAUGCACGACAUCGUGGACAAACCGGACUCGGUCUACAUGGUGCUGGAGUUUAUGCGGGGCGGUGACUUGCUUAAUCGGAUCAUCAGCAACAAGCUGCUGAGCGAGGAGACAUCAAAGCUGUAUUUUUACCAAAUGUGCCAUGCCGUCAAGUACCUACACGACCGGGGCAUCACCCAUCGCGACCUGAAGCCAGACAAUGUCUUGCUAGAGACCAACGACGAGGAGACCCUGCUGAAAGUCUCCGAUUUUGGGCUGAGCAAGUUCGUCCAAAAGGACUCUGUGAUGCGAACACUCUGUGGCACUCCCCUCUACGUGGCCCCCGAGGUUCUGAUAACCGGCGGCCGAGAGGCCUACACCAGGAAAGUGGACAUCUGGAGUCUGGGAGUGGUGCUCUUUACUUGCCUGAGUGGCACCCUGCCCUUCUCAGACGAGUACGGAACACCGGCGGCCCAGCAAAUCAAGAAGGGCAGGUUCGCUUACGGACACCCGGCAUGGAAGGGUGUAUCGCAACGCGCCAAGCUGCUAAUCAACCAAAUGCUCAUUGUGGAUCCCGAAAGGCGACCCUCAAUCGAUGACGUCCUGCAGUGCAGCUGGCUGCGGGACACGCAAAUGCUGCAGAAGGCAAAGAGACUUAUGAAGCUUGACGGCAUGAAGAUCGAGGAGGAGAACAACUUUCUCGAGCCGCCAACCAAGCGAUCGCGACGCUAAGUUUAGUUUCUUAAUUUCUAUCGUUAAUACUGCCUAGGGGUCGAGGCGUGAAAAGGUUUUAAUUUUCUGGAAAAAUUAAGCGACAACAUUUUUCCCAAAUCGCCGGCACCGCAGCAUCCGAGUGUAUUGGCAAAUCAAUGAUUUUUUUGCGGUUGUUUAUUUUUACGUGUUGUCUAGUGUAAGUUUCAUCAUUCAAGCCCGAAUAUUCCUGUUAAACUGCAUUUAUUACUGGGCCUUUGCAUUCAUAACUAUUUUAAGCUUCUUAUCGCCCUGAAUUCAGCCAUUCCGUUGAAAUAUAAUUACGAUAUAUUACCGGUAAUUGUUAAGGAACUAAAAGUGCUAUUUGUAAGAACUUCAUUUGACUCUUCAUCGAACACUAAGCUUUUUGAAAUAAAGCGUCUGAAAUUGUUUCAGUAAUAUUAUA